AAUUUGUAUCCGUAUCACUUGUGUACGGUUACAGACAGACAGCUAACAUAUUUGAGAGGUCGCCGUCUCGACUGCAGGUAGAUCAUCAAAUGAUUUGACGGUUCCAAAUAUCAGUUGACACUCCGAAUUUUGUGUCAUGAUGGCGGAUGACAACAAACCAAUCCACGAGCUGCGCUUUGACGCUGCAGUCAAAGUGAUCCAGAGUUUACCUGCGGACGGUUCCUUCCAGCCCUCCAACGAGAUGAUGCUGAAGUUCUACAGCUACUACAAGCAGGCCACGCAGGGCCCAUGCAACAUUCCACGGCCAGGAUUCUGGGACCCUGUGGGCAAAGUCAAAUGGGAUGCAUGGAGUGCACUCGGGGAAAUGUCACAAGAGGAGGCCAUGACGGCAUAUGUGGAAGAAAUGAAACUGAUUCUAGAGAGCAUGCCAAUGUCAGAUGAAGUUGAGAGACUGCUGCAGAUCUUGGGGCCAUUUUACGAGCUGGUGCAUGAACAGAAAGCUACCCAUCCAUCUGAGCUGUCCACUGGUAUUGGUGGCAUAAUGGGCAAAACAUCCAAGGCAAUGACCAAAAGCAUCAUCAGGACCAUGGAGAUGAAUGGCUCUUUGGAGAGGCACAUGUGUCAAGCUGAGCUCCAGCAAAGAGCCCUUAAAAACGCAGAGCAUGCCAAAACAGAGGAAAAAGAAGAGGAAGAAGAUGAGGAUGAAGAGGAAGAGGAGGAGGAGGAGGAAGAAGAGGAAGAGGAGGAAGAAGAGAUUGUGGAAGUUAAAAAAGCCCCACCAAGAAAGAAGGGCUCAGCGGGGAAGCCCAAAGCAGGCCUAUCGAAUGGCAGCGUGGCACAUGGGGACAUGCCUCUGACCAAUGGGACGCACUGCUCCAAGGCUGCGCUCAACGGGAACGGAGUGGAGGCAGAGCCAGGAGACAGCCUCUUACCUGAUGGCUGCAUGGGGGUCAAUGGACAUAGCAGUGACUACCCUGAAGACAUGUGUGGGCAUCAACAUGUGGCGAGUGACUCAGACAGUGAGGUGUACUGCGACUCUGUGGACCAGUUUGGCAUGGAAGAGGGUUCGGAGGUGAACGCCAGCCGCGUGGAGGAGCUGGAGGAGAACCAUCACAGCACUCUGUCCUCCUCUGAGGAGCAGCUGGGUGCGGAGGGGUCCGAUGCGGAGGACCUGCAGGUGGGCCCAGAGGCCGUGCAGUGCGGCGGGGAGGACGGGAAGAGCGGCUCGGGCUCCACACACAGGCACAAGGCGCCAGCUGAGAGCACAGAUGGCUCACUGGUCCGCAGAAGCAGAGCGUCCAGAACGGCAGCCUCCUCCAGUGGAGGGGUGCAGGGGACGUUGCAGGGCAGCGGUGGGGAUGGGGAGCGCUGGAGAUCUGAAGGGCCGGCCGCAGGGAACCUGAAUGAGCAGAUUGUCACAGCGUUGGCCAGGCUACAGGAAGACAUGCAGAGUGUCCUGCAGAGGCUGCAUACUCUGGAGGCCCUCACCGCAUCCCAGGCCCGUUCGCUUGCCUUGCCUCCAGCCUUCCCAUCACCCCAAGUGGCAAAGAAACCUUCCUGGUGGCCAUUUGACGUCUCCCCCGGUACCGUGGCCUUUGCAGUGGUGUGGCCAUUUAUCGCGCAGUGGCUUAUCCGCGUCUUCCUCCAGCGAAGGAGAAGGCGGAUUAACUGAAUGUUCUCCGCUACACGCACGUGCUGGAGGACGAAUCGUCCCAGGGAAGAGCUUGUUGUGAUUGGGCCCUUUCUUCAGUAGCAGGCCUCGGAUGGAUAGUUUCCUCUCUGCUUGUGUUCCCUCCUCCAUGUUCUAACUCUAAAAGCUUUUGCACUAUGACGACGGCAUCCAGCGUAGCAAAGUGGUAGUAAGUUGCAGCCGAAAUCAGUCCCUUCGCGGACACGUGAAUUUAAUGUAUAGAGCAGCUUCAUCAUCACGCAGAAUCAUUUUCGCAUUUUCGUCCAAGGAAAGGGGGAAAAAAACAGCACAUUAACACGGUUGACACAACACACAGGGUCUUCCCUUAUCAGAUGAAAACGUCAAUAUUUAAAAUGGUAAUGGAUGUAAUUCCCUUACUGUUUCUAGAUUUAAAUGUGAUGUUUCCACAUCAUUUGAUUGAGCAGUCAUCGCAAGGGCAUUACGACCAACUUUUUUGUUCCUAAUAGCGAUUUGUAACUCUGGUUAUAAUAUGCUCAUCAUCAUCAGAAAUUCUUGCUGCUAAUUCAUCAUGUGCAGAGCAGUGCAUUGUGGGAUGCAUUUAAUACCAACGAGAGUACAUUAUAACUAAUGUACAAUCAUUGUUUAAUACACACAUUAUGUUAAAAAUACAUUCUAAAGCAGAGCAGUUAGUGAGACAGGAAAAGAGUUGAAGUGUUGAUGGCCUGCAGAUGCUGUCCGUCUAUCAUUUUGUAGCACAGGACUACGUCACUUUAGGCAUGUAUGUAGAGGAAUAGUUUGAAUGCCAUCUGUUCGAAAUCCGUCUAGUUACCUUUCUUUUACGAAACAGUUAUCAACAAAAAGAAAUGUUUGUUGUGUGCAGUUAUGAUGAGUGUUGAGCUGUUGUUGUGAAUGGUUUGUCAUAAGUGUAUGAAAAACAGAGGUAUUUCUGACUACUCACUCUUAUCACGAGUGAACUGAAUGUAUCACUGACUGAACCAAAAGUGAGAUAUCACUUGGCAGGAAGAAAACUAAAAAAAAGAUAUGUGAGGGGAAAAAUACAAAGCAGAGCCAGCCACAUUUCAGAUCUAUAAGAGAUCCACAUCAAGAACCUGGUUUUAUCCAGUAAUGCUGCCCUGAAGUUGACUUUAGGUCUUAUCUGCAGAAAGCAUUUGAGUUCAUGCCUGAACACCCAAAGAGUAAGGAGAGAAAUAAAGCCCAUUGGUUUUUGGAGUAUGGAGAGUCAGGAGAGGGACGAGAGUGCACUGCAAAGUUCUGAAAAGAAAUUUUAAAAAUUGAAAAUGUAAUUUUAUUAAUUAAUUCUAAUAUGGAUCAGAUAUCCUUUUGAUCUGAGUUUUAUGGUAUAUGUGUAUGUUUUGUUUCCAUUUAGUGUAAAUUAUGUAAUACUGUUAAUAGAGAUUGUACAGCAUAAAUAAGAAAAAAAAUGUAUUGAUAUCAUAAUGUAAUAUUUUAAUUGCACUAAAGUGUACUAUUGUAAUAAACACAGAUACAGAUAAAUACCUAUUUAAUUAACUCCUGUAAUAUUGUUUGGACUGGCAGUAGAGCUGACCUUAGAGUUGUACAGAUGCUUUUUUUUGUUUUUGAUUUCAACUAUUGUUUCUAUAAAGCCUUCUAACUAGGACUGUGUUCACGUGGACAGGUCUUCGCAUGUGUUUUUGCUAUCUAAAGCACGAAUAAAGGUUCCAGAACCAUUGGA